CAGACAACUAUACUUUUUUUUUUUUUUUUGGUGAAAAAGGAAAUAGUAUUGAUCAAAAAACACGGCCCAUUAAGAUCUGGGAGACCAGAUUCCCAUGAGGUCAGCAUUGUAAAACAAAACAAGACCAGACGGGCAAUAAUCAAAAACAACAAAAUUCUCCGACAGUGAAUGUCCUACAGCAGCAAGACGAUCUGCACAUUGAUUGGCCUCUCGAAAAAUAUGCCGAAUAGAAAUAUGAGGAAUUUUAGACAUAACCUCCCUGCAAUCCACAAUAAGGGAGAAAAGUGGGUGAUGAACAGAAGCCUUCGCAGUACAGACAACUAUACUUUGAAAGCGAUGAAAAAGACGGAAACGUGGAGGCCUCCGUCAACGCGCACUUUCACCGCGCGCACUGAGCUCCUUCCGCGUCCUCUGAUAUCGACGGGAGUAGAAAUAGGUCGAGACAAUGGUUGAGAGUCUUCAGGCUAGUCGCUCUGUUCUCGCUGCAAAUCCAUUAGGUAAAGGAUGCUGGAGUUCUAUUUUCGUUUCCUAUUCUUUGAAUUCGAGGUUUAAUGCUUCCUACCCCCUCAGUUCCUAUUUAUUCUGACUCUUGCGCAUGUGAUUUCUGAUGUUAAAAAUGGCUGAAUAAAUAUGUCUGUUAGUG